AUGGCACAUUUAACAUCGGAGCCGUCAUCCCCCAGUAGCAGGAGACUUAAUGAUUGCUUGGGGGCGACCACAAUUGAGCCCGCUGAGGCUCCAGCUAUCUGUAUCAGGCAGUCCUCCAGUCGAAUUGGCCUCGGGGUCUUUGCGGAAACCAACAUCUCUCACGGUGCGCUGAUUUUCCAAGAAAGACCUGUUUUCGAGGCCACCCACGACAACUACUGUGAGACAUGCUUAAAAGAUGGCCCGGCAGCGUAUAAAUCACUUUCUCCCAAAAAGAAGGCAUUGAUGCAAGCUGCCUUCCGGCCAGUCGCAAAUGCGGAUCGAAUUCCGCUUUCGAAGGCAUACGAAAUACUUUCUGAAAUCGGCAGAAUGGUUCGCCCGCCGACCAAGGUCGAAUUCGAUGUUACCCUGGACCAGUACUUGUCCAGCACAUCGUCGGCUUCUUCCCCAAGGUUCCCGACACACUACGACAAACAGAUCCUGAAAUUUGUCCGGCUGUACGCAUUUCGUGCACCGGAGUAUUGUGGGAAUGGGAGGCAUGGCGCACACAUCUAUCUCAUCGGCUCUUUGAUCAACCACAAGUGCAGCAAGUUCAACUGCAACUUUAGCUUUGAAGACGGCGAGAUCAGGGUGAUUGCCAGGGCUAAUAUCACGAAAGGGGAAGAAUUGAGCAUAAACUAUGGAUCACCAGCGUUUGACUGUUUUUGCGAGGAAUGCGAGGACAUAAGAAAGUCAAAUACUCAUUAUCGUUUGACUUGUACGCUGAGUUAA